UGGCCACAAUGAGAUGUUGGGGUCGAUUUUCGAAGAUAAGCUUUUGGCGCGACAAGGAUGGAGAGUGCCGUGUGCAUCUUUGUUGGGUCUCUGUUAGAUCUUAGCACAAAAGUUGGUUAAAAAGGAUGAAUUUGGGAAGUAAUUUUCGUAAUGCUGCAUGCCUGUUACUGUGAAAAAGGAGUCGUUAAUGAAAACCCUAUUUUCCCAUUUUGUUUGCCUGAUGCUACGAUCUAUGUUUUGAGGGUUUCGAUUUGAAUUUUUAUUCAUGCGAUAUCACCCACUUCAACUAAACCCGACUUACUUUUCUGUUUGUUUGUUCUCCUAUCCUGCUGUGCGCUCCGAAAUCUCCACCUCGAAUGUAAUGAUCCGGCAGACCCAAAUGGACCCAUGCGCUACAAUGGAUUGUACCAUCUCUUCUACCAAUACAACCCAAAAGGGGCGGUGUGGGGCAACAUAGUGUGGGCCCACUCAGUGUCCAAGGACCUGAUCAACUGGCAGGCCCUCCCUCCCGCCAUCUACCCAACCAAGCCAUUCGACAUUAACGGGUGUUGGUCCGGGUCAGCCACCAUCCUCCCGGGCAACCGCCCCGUCAUCCUCUACACUGGAAUCGACACCCAGCACCGUCAGGUCCAAAACUACGCCGUCCCCGCCAACGCCUCCGACCCAUACCUCCGCGAGUGGACCAAGCCCAACGACAACCCCCUCGUAGUCCCCGGGCCCGGCAUCAAUGCCAGCGCCUUCCGUGACCCAACCACCGCGUGGUUCGAGGACGGGCACUGGAAGAUCCUUGUCGGCAGUAGAAGGAAGCAUCGGGGGAUGGCAUAUUUGUACAGGAGCAAGGAUUUCGUCCACUGGAUCAAGGCGAAGCACCCACUGCACUCGGCGCCGAAAACCGGCUUGUGGGAGUGCCCCGACUUCUUCCCGGUUUCGAAGAACAGUGCCAACGGGCUGGACACGUCGGUGCUCGGCCAGGGCGUGAAACACGUGUUAAAGGUCAGCCUCGAUUUGACGCGGUACGAGUAUUACACGGUCGGGACUUACCACCCCAACGAGGAUAGGUACGUGCCUGAUAACACCUCGGCCGAUGGUUGGAGCGGGCUGAGGUACGAUUACGGUAACUUCUACGCUUCCAAGACAUUCUUCGACCCGGUCAAGAACCGGAGGCUUAUGUGGGGUUGGGCCAAUGAGUCCGAUGCUGUCCAAUCUGAUGUCCAAAAGGGAUGGGCUGGGAUUCAGGCGAUUCCAAGGAAAAUAUGGCUCGACAGCAAUGGGAAGCAACUGUUGCAAUGGCCUAUUGAAGAGCUAGAGACUCUAAGGGGACAAAAUGUUCACAUGAGCGGUGUCAAGCUCAACAAUGGUGAACAUGUCGAGAUUAAGGGAAUCACAGCCGCUCAGGCUGAUGUGGACGUGGUGUUCUCGUUCUCAAGCCUGGACGGGGCUGAGCAAUUUGAUUCGAGCUGGGUGAAUGCACAAGACCUCUGCGGCCUAAAGGGCUCGGGAGUUGUGGGCAACGUUGGGCCUUUCGGGCUCUUGACGCUGGCCUCCGAGCACUUGGAAGAGUUCACGCCUGUCUUCUUCAGGAUCUUCAAGGCCAAUGAUCAAAACAAGCACAAGGUCCUCAUGUGCUCUGAUGCAAGGAGCUCGUCUCUAAAAUCAGAUAUCUAUAAACCAUCUUUUGCUGGUUUCGUGGACGUGGAUCUGAGUGAUGGGAAGAUUUCUCUGAGGAGUCUGAUCGAUCAUUCCGUGGUGGAGAGCUUCGGGGCCGGAGGCAAGACGUGCAUCACAUCCAGGGUGUACCCGACGCUCGCGUUGUCCGACAAUGCCCGUCUCUUUGCCUUCAACAACGGGACUCAGACAAUCACGAUCGAGACGCUCGACGCCUGGAGCAUGAACCGGCCCGUGAUGAACCAAGCUCUUGAGUAGAGUAAAACCGUCAGUAUGUCUCGGACUCUAGGCAAACAUUAGGGAGAGGAGUGUGGCUUUGUUUGAUGCCGGUGUAAAUAGUGAGUGCUUGGAUUAGUAAAUAAUCGCCCUUUGAGCGAGAGGCGAUGGCUGCCUAGAUCUUCUUUGUAGACAGCUGAUAAGUAAUUUGCUUGCAUUAAUUAGAGACUUCGAAUGGUCAUCUAAAUAAAGUAAUAUUUUUAA